CCCCUUUUCAAUCAGAUUCUCUCUCUCUCCCUUUCUCCAAAAAAUGUCCCAACGUGACUCUCUCUUCGUACUUGCACUACUACUCCUACUCCAUAGCUCUUCAACAAAACCACUUCUACCACCGAUCAGCACCGCCGACCUGGCGGCGUUGCAUGAAAUCAAGGACUCCCUCGCAGACAUUCCUUCCGGCACCACCGCCGCUGCUUUCUUCUCCACUUGGGACUUUACCUCGCCUGACCCUUGCUCCUCCUUCUCCGGCGUCACCUGCUCCCUCAGACGGGUCACCACUCUCACUCUCGGCACCGGAUUAUCGGACUCCCCCGGCCUCUCCGGCAAACUCUCCCCCUCCCUCUCCAAACUCACCGAGUUAACCCAACUCGUCCUCUUCUCCGGCAUUGUCACCGGUCUCAUACCUACCCAACUGGGAAACCUCAAGAAUCUCAGAGUCAUCUCUCUCACCAACAACCGCUUAAUUGGUCCAAUACCCACCACCAUCUCCACCCUACCCAACCUCCACACUCUCGAUCUCAGCAACAACCAACUCACUGGUUCUGUCCCCGCCCGAAUCUCCGAGUUAGCUCAAUUAAGGGUCCUGGUUUUGGCCGGAAACAGGUUAACCGGCGAGGUUCCCCACUUGCCGGCUCAGUUACUCCACUUGGAUCUGAAGAGCAACAAAUUAUCGGGAAUGCUGCCGAGUCCAAUGCCGUCGUCACUCCGUUACUUGUCAGCAUCGAUGAACCAAAUGUGGGGUCCACUCAACGGCCUUGAAUCACUCUCAGAUUUAGUGUACCUCGACUUAAGCAUGAACCACUUCAAUGGGGCCAUCCCUUUCUCUCUCUUCCGUCCCUCUCUCUCGUCAAUGCUUCUCCAACGGAACAAUUUGUCUGGUGGGGUCCCUCCUCUACUUCCACCACCACCAUCACCACCCACCUACCCGCCGGGAUCAAUGGUGGACCUCAGUCACAACUUCCUAACCGGAGAAUUGUCUCCAGUUCUGGCCGAUGUGGAGAGUGUCUUCUUGAAUAACAAUCGUCUCAUCGGAACUGUACCAAAAUUGUACGUUGAGAGCGUGUACAAGGGAACCACCAAAACAUUGUACUUGCAACACAAUUAUAUAACCCAUUUUCCGGUGGAACCCGGAUCGGCGUUGCCGGACUCCGUGUCAUUGUGCUUGAAUUACAACUGCAUGGUACCACCGGUGGGCCUCACGGCGUGCCCGGAAAGCUCUGGAGGGCUGCUUUCGAGGCCAUUGUGUCAGUGCUCCGUGUUCAAUAAUGGAAGCUCCAUUGGUUAACUUUUACAGGACCACUUCAAUGCGUUGCCUUACACCUUUCUUCUUUCUUUGGGUGGUCGUCAUUAGAACUCAAGUUUCUUGACGAAGAUGUUUUGAUGAUGAUGUAUAAAAUAGCUUGAGAAUUAUAUGUAUUUCCUUCACAUGUGCACAUAGUUGCAGGAAGAUAAGUUUACAUUAUAGUGUUGAUUUCUGUUGUAUUUUGUUUGAAAAUUUCAUGAAGAUUUUUACAGGAAUACUGUGAUAAUGGUAUUUGGGAAAAUUAAUAUAUG